AAAAUUUUUUUUUAAUAUAAAUCGUAACAGUGGUACGACGUGUCCAUCAGUUUAUUCUGGUAGAAGUAGGUAAUCGAGCUAGGCUGAGGUUCCUCAAAGGGUCACUUCUCUGAGAUCUUUUUGCUGAACUUUCUGAGACAAACACAUUUUUGUAACUGAAGCAGUGGUGAAGCCAUUUCUCUUGGUCAUGUGACGCCGGUGGGAAUCCAGCCUGAUUUUACUGUAGAUGUCACGUACUGCAUGAACUAGUAGCCUGUGCUCGGUGCUGUAGUCUAACUAGAAUUAAAUUAUGAUGUUCAAGCCUCUGUGUUGUCACUUUGUUUCUUCCCUUACUGGAGGCGAUGCAGCUUUAAGGCGUCCUAGUUGCACACCUUGAUGUUUAUGCACAGUGAGUGAGCUGGAAACUGCUUGUGAUUACAGGUACUGGACUUAGAGCUGCAUACUUAUUCUCAGUAGUCAGAAGUACUGACUGUAAUGUACAAGAGUAUAUAAGGUUUCCUGCUGGCUGCUGAAGCAUCUAUGGGAGGCGGAGUCAAAUAUAGCAGUGACGGCAGGAUAAUUAUAGGCAGCAGCUGGUGGAGCGUAUUUAGGUGAGCAGCCCCCUUCUCCCUUCAGUGGAUGCCAUCGCUCCUUUCCAACAUCACCUUAUUCUACUCACACUGUCACACAUGCUUCCCCCUGUGGGGUUUUAUACUGCCCGUGUUAGUGAAGCAGCAGAAGCAGGUGCCCUGUGGUGCUGAGCCUUGAUGGUGCUGUGGUAGGUCGCCAAGAGUACAGAAGUCCAGUCUACUGGCCCAGACUUGGACUGCCUGGCCCCAGAAAAGCAAAGACGGUAGCGACGGCAGGUCUUAGCUUAGGAAUGUAUUCUGGAAACUGAGCUGUUCAUCUGGAGGCCAACAGUCCAAACCUGGAGGGGGGAUUAAGACAGAACAAGUGAAGAGGUGAUAGCUGAUAGACGGAUGAUGGAGCAGUAUAUGGGAGGGGGUUUCCACUGCUCUCCCAAAGAGGCCGAGGGAGUCACUUUACCCUCUGUAUUUUUAGCAGCAGAGAACAGUGAGGGCGUCUGGGAUCCAUGUUUCCAUUUUAAAAUUCUCUGACUGGUGGGACGUUUGUGGGUAGAUCAGUGUUUCUCAAAGCCUUCAGGAGUCAAACCUGUCUUCUUAAUGCCAGGUCUGACUCAGAGAAGCUUGCAUUAUUGUAUCUGCGCUGCCUGGUGACUUACUGCAGAAACAACCCCUUUAUUGUUCUUUGACUAAACACCAGUAAAACAGGUGUUUCUACCUCUCAGCUCUCCCUCUGUAUUUACCUCCGCUCUCUUUUUAGCCUCACAAUUCCCCCCCUCCACCCCCGUCUGUCUUCCAGCAGGGUGGAGUCUAUCGGUUGAUCUGACCAGUUUCAGGGUCAACCUCCAGUUGCAGAGGGUUGAUUCGGUCAUUCUGUCCCCCUCCAUUCUCUCCUUCUUCCAGAAGGGAUUUCUAUUCUUCAUUUCUUCUACUCACUUCCUUUGUUUGGAUCCUCGAACACCUCAGUCCUCACUCAUCCUUCUCAUUUCCAUGCUUUUGACCAUCACUAUUUUUUUCCAAAGAAUAAGAUUUCACUGCAAGGUUCAGCUGAUCCUGCCUCAGCCUGUCUUCUUCACCCACCCUCAUCCCUACUUCUCUUUGACAUUUGGAUUGCUGCGUCCCAACAGUCAGCCAACAAACCAGACGACUAACAGGCAAACCAAAGAGCAACUAUGACAGACAAGCCGGGCCUGCCGACCGGUUGUGGUGAUGACACGGGGAACAUCAUGGCGUUGCUGGAGCGUGUGGCAGGCCUCAUGGACAAUGUUCAAGCCACGCAGCAGCGUAUGGAGGAGCGUCAGCAGGAGCUGGAGAACACCGUGAAGACCAUCCAGGCCAACGUCGUCAAGCUGACCAGCGACCAUGCGGCCACCAGCUCCACCGUCGACCGGCUGCUGGAAAAGACCCGCAAGGGCCGCCACAUCAAGGAUGUCAGGGUCCGUGUGGAGAACCAGAACAUCAGGGUGAAGAAAGUGGAGGCCACGCAGGGAGACCUCCUGGCCAAGAACAAGUUCAGGGUGGUCAUUUAUCAGGGUGACCAGGAGGUGAGGGCCAUCACACCAGGCACUGAGCCAGCAGGAACCGGCAGUAGCAGCAGUGCCAGAGCUGAAGUGGAACCGGACAAGUUUGAGCUUCCUCCAGAGUCGGAUGAGGAAUACAUGGUGGUGGAGGAGGCCGAUUCAUCGACUGCCAGCCACGUGAAAAAGACGGGCCUGACACGCAUGGAGAGCUUCAAAGCCACUUUCUCCAAGGAAAACAUGAACAAGACCCGCGAGAACCUGGGCACCAAGGUCAACAAGUUCAGUGAGCGCAUUGUGACGGCCGAGAGGCGUGAGAAGAUCCGCCAGUCCGGAGAAAGGCUGAAGCAGUCUGGAGAAAGGCUGAAGGAGACCAUCACCAAGAGCGUCCCAGCCAAGCUCAACCUGAAGAAAGAGAGGACUGUAGCUGAGGGCCAGGAAGGGGCCGAGGGAGCUGUGCCCAUCCCUCCACCCAAAGGCCACAAGGGAUGCCCGGACACCGCCAAAGCAGCUGCUGACGAGGGCAAGGCGGAGGAGUCUGAGGUGCCGAUGUAUGACAUGAAGCAGCUAUCGUAAACCGGGAGACAUUGCCAAGAUCCGGGUCAUUUGCUUUGGACUUCUGAGACCACACAGCAAGGGAAGGAGACGUUUUAGGGUCAGAGCUGCAAGUGUGCAAAAAGCCAAGAUGAACAUUUGUCUGAACGUUGCUGAAGGAAGUGAGCAAAGACCAGGCUGUAGCGCGACUGAGCAUCAAGACACAACAACCACACAAGCUCCUGAAAUCAGUGACAUCACAUGUGCAGUUCUGUGUUUAUUGUAACAUCAGCAGGUAUAUAGUCUUUUUAGUUUUGAACAAACUGUGACCUUGGAAAAGAAAUGAACUGAGCUUCUCACAUCGCCACACUGCCGCAGUUCACCUGUUUCUGCAUGUUGAUGAGUGAGAUGCUGGAUGACGAAAUGUUCGGUUCUGUAACAUGGCAAUAAAGAGCUUUACACUCAGUGUAGGGGGUGGCUGUUUGUUCCCUGUGUACGUAUUGACACAGAGCCCAGACCAUUAACAUGAUGUAUGGCGAGAGGUGAAGCACACGUCUCUCAGCCGUUAUCCACUGAUCAACUAGUAACGCCUACAGAAUGGAGGAGUUCACCUUCAGAUGGUGCAUGGUGCCCUGUAUCAGCGAUACCCAGGGGAUGUGCAUGGUGCACUGUGUCAGCGAUACCCAGGGGAUGUGCAUGUGGCCAAGACCCCACAGUGGGAAACAUCUGCCUUACAGACAAUAACUGAUUGUUUUGUUUUUAAGGAAAUAAACUAAAGAGAAACUGAGAAUGCCCUAAGUACAGCUAUUUGUGGACAGGGCCUCAGUGUCCAGGCAGGGGUCAGACCGAGCUCCAGAAUCAUUUCACCAAGCCCCAAUAUCUUUAGAUUUUAGUUGUAAAUGCAGCACAAAAACUGGUUUUGCAUGUUCUGUUUAGCUGUGGCUCACUGUGUAACAUCGAUAAGGUGCAGUCGAGCUGAAAAUGAAGCCGUUUUCUUCUGAGGUUUGCUGAAACUGCACUGUGACAGAUUUUACAGUAUUCUUGGUGUUUUUAGCCUCUGUUAGCGACUGCAGUGAUAUUAGCUUAAGGUAGGUUUGUGUUUGUGAUGUGGACAAAACGUAGUAUUACCACUCGUUAUGAAGUACAGGGAGAGGAAAACCAGUACGUCUUUAUUUCAGUGUCAGAGAAUCUACUACAGCAACUUGUUUAAAAAAUACAACUGAAGGAACAGACUUGAUAUAAACAGAGAGGGGAUCUGAUAUCAAGGCUAAGUUUGGUCUAAGAUUUGUAUUGACUUAUACCUGUAAAUCUGUCGGAAUUCACACUGAUGCUAUAUAAAACUGUAAUAAAAGAAACCUUGAAAACAGAGUCUGCUCUUUGUCUUAAAAUAUUUCUAGUUCUAUACACGAACCCUUUGGAGUCACAUGAAUUUAUAAACUUGUCCAGAUAAAGUCAGAGCUUCAUUGAAGUGACAGUUAUGAGCCAACAACUAACGUUAAUGACACACAAAUCACUGUACUGUCCUGGUCCGUUAAUGAGCCCGGAGGUGUGGGUUCGAGCUGCUCUGACUUCUAACGAACCUCUAAUCAUUUUGAGUUCAUUAUUCACACGAGGUGAACCUCACAAAAACUUUCACUUCAGAGAAAAAUUCCAAAAACAUUUAAUUAGACAAUGUUUUUUGUUCUUAGACGUUAUGAAGUUAUUCUCUCAUCUAUCAUCAGCCGUGUUUGAUUUUCAGGGCCACAGACUCCAUUAAGUCUCUACUAGUUGAUUGUUUAAAGUGAAACCACAGGAAAGAAGAGGCUCCAUCUAAAGCCUAUAGCAGGGAUGGGACUUGUCUUUUACCUUAAAAGUUACUAUCUGAGCCUGUAAACGCUGCUGGACCCCAGCUGCUCUGAUUCUUCCUACUCAGGUUCACUUGCAGUCACAGAGCAGCACGGUGCUUCUCAGAGUCCAGUGCUCCGCCGCCUGCACGCUCCUCAGCCGCAGAGAGAAGAUGAAGUUCAGGUCG